AUGUCUCGGACACCUCAAAUGACGGUUCGACAAGCACUCCAGAUUGCUCAGACCAGUCAAACCGGUGACAUGGAUCCACAGGUUCUCCAGAUUUUAGAGAACUACCUAUAUCGGCUCUGGACUCGCAUUCAAGCAGAGCCGGAUACCUAUAUCAUGGAUCAACUGGAAUUCCCAGUCUUCAAUCACUUUCGAGCACGCAGCGAAUUUCAAAACGAGACAGCGAGGAAGGCAAUCGGAAGAUAUUGGGACAACCGAACUCCCGGCGACGGUUCUUCAAAUUCGGUACACCGUCACUAG